AUGGAGGAGCAGGAAAUGCAGAUUAAGGUGAAAAAAGUCACAGACAAGUUUACGGAGAGUAUGUAUGUCCUCGCCAAUGAACCUUCAGUGGCUUUGUAUCGCCUGCAGGAACAUGUGCGUAGAUCAUUACCGGAGCUGGCCCAGCACAAGGCUGAUAUGCAGAACUGGGAAGAGCAGAGCCAAGGAUCCAUUUAUACAGUGGAGUAUGCUUGCAGUGCUGUGAAAAGUAUGACAUUUAGCAGCGUGCACUUUAAGAGCAUUGAAGGUUUACUGAAGCAAGCCAUCAACUUGAAGCACCAGUUGAACACCGUUCAGAGUCGCAGGUAG